AGGUUCUCACGGUGAAUGGCAAGAACAAUAACACACGAAACCUGCAAAAGUAUAUUUGUGCAAAAUAUAAAUAAAUAAACAAUGGCACAUGAUCGGGAGGUGCUGCGCAUGAUAUGGGAGGGUCAGAUUGGCAUUUGCUUUCAAGCCGACAGCGAGGAAAUAGUCGGCAUUAGGCCCGAGCCGUUCUAUCUGAUGGUCUCUCGUCUCAGCUAUUUACCGCUGGUCACUGACAAGGUGCGAAAGUAUUUCACCCGCUACAUAGCCGCCGAGCAUCAGGAUGGCGCCGCGUGGUUCGAUUUCAAUGGAACGCCGCUGCGUCUACACUAUCCAAUUGGUGUGCUCUAUGAUCUACUGCAUCCGGAUGAGGACAGCACACCGUGGAGCAUUACCAUACACUUUUCCAAAUUUCCCGAGGAGAAGCUAGUCAAAUUAAACACAAAAGAGCUGCUGGAAUCGCAUUACCUGUCCUGCCUGAAGGAAGCCGAUGUGCUCAAGCAUCGUGGCUUGGUCAUCUCUGCCAUGCAAAAGAAGGAUCACAAUCAGCUCUGGCUGGGCCUGAUCAAUGACAAGUUCGAUCAAUUCUGGGCGGUCAACAGGCGCCUCAUGGAGCCCUACAGCGAUCAGGAAUCAUUCAAAAACAUUCCAAUUCGUUUCUACUACGAUGAUGAUUUCACCUACAUGCAGAAGCUAAUAACGCCGCUGAGCCAGAGCGGACAAAAGAAGAAUCUGGCCGAUCUGAUGGCCGAAUUAUCGACACCUGUGCGCAAAGCGGUUGGCUUUCGCACGCAUGGCAUCGAGUUGCACGAGGAGACGCAACUGCAAUGGAUGUCCGAGCAUUUGAGUUAUCCCGACAACUUUCUGCAUUUAUCGGUCGACUAUAAAAACGAAUAACUCGCACUCACACUCGCACUCACACACACACUCACACACACACUCACACCCAUAUUCAUACUUGUCGACAAAUGGAGAGUGCGUUACCAGCGAGCGUUUUAUGGCUUUAACCCAGGGCCGAUCUUCAAACGGAUCGAUUUACAAAGACAAACAACCAACUAUAGCAUCUAAUUUAUGAUUUAAUUUCAAUGUACAACAUACAUACAACAUUUAUGUAGCAUAUUUAUGCAAUAAUAUAUAUAUAUAUAUAGCUUUGAUCUAGCAUUUAUACUAUAUAGAUAUAGAUAUAGAUGUGUACGCAACGCAAAUAGAUUUGCACGUCAAUUC